AUGAAGACGGGCUGCCACCUCCUUGCCCUGCUGGGCCUGCUUGCCCUGGGGGCCCAGCUGUCUUCUUGUGCCCCUUCCUUUACAGCCAAGGACGGGUACUGCUACCACGUGGCCCCUCUGGGGGAUGUCUUUGACCAGAAGGACUGCAGCGCCUGUCUCAAGAACAAAUCCUGCUCCACCUGUGCCAACGACACCCAGUGCCCUGGCACCCAGAAGUGCUGCCCAGGAGACUGUGGCUACGUCUGCCAGGAAGCUGUGCUGAACUUCUGCCACUUGCCCUCCGUCUGCGGGAACUGCAAGGCGAUGUUUUCACGGUUCUUCUUCAACGCCUCCGCCCAGAAAUGUGAGCAGUUUGUCUACGGGGGCUGCGGUGGAAACAAGAACAAUUUUGAGACCGAAGAGGAGUGCUCCAAGACGUGCGUGCCCGCCGGCAAAGCCUAGAAUGAGAAAAUUGUGGGAGAAGCUU